CCAACAACAACGAUACCUCUGACCUGCCAAGGUACAAACUGCCACCCAUUAGACACGGGACCGGGCCGGACAGCUUGUUGAAGCAUAUCUUUGUGAAAGGUCGUUUCAAAAUGACAAUGCUACUUUGAGGUGGUAAGUUAUGCGACGAUCAUUAUCGUACUAGUUGAUUUUGGUAUCGAGCGGUCGCUUUCGUCACCCCGCCUAUCCAUGGAUUCGAGACGCCUCCGCCGAUGCCUUCAGGUGAUUCGCUCAAAUACGGCAGAUAAUCUGCGAUAGGAGAUAGGUGAGGAACCAAACUGACACGCGAGAUUUAGAAGAUAUAAUUAAAAGAAUAUGAGAAUCGAAAAGCUCAUGGUUCAUAAGGUGCCAUUCGUCCGUCAACGGUGGACGCCUUUUUUUAAUAACGUAUUGCUUUGGGUGUCACAUUUGUUUGUUCUUGAUAGAAGAAAGGGAGUCACCUGCUCUAAGCAGAAAUAUAUAGCAUUUCAUCAUGGUUGCAGCCGACAGCGACCUCAAAGGCUUUCCCGGUCAAUCCAUCCCAAAUCCAAAACCCUGCCUCAGCUUCUGGCAGAGGACGACCCGUGCCUACCCUCUUCUGAACGCCAACCGCGAGGCCACCGUACCGGACACAUGUGAAUAUAUCAUUAUAGGUUCUGGGAUUGCUGGAGCUCUCACCGCAUACCAGCUGGUUGAAUCUGGCGUGAAGGGCGAUGAUAUUGUCGUCUUGGAGGCUCGCGAGGCAGCUGGCGGGGCAAGCUCUCGAAACGCGGGUCAUGUUCGGCCAGAUGCCUUCCGUGGCUUCACGCAUUACGCGAGACUUCAUGGCCCCGAACAGGCCAGGAAGAUCGUUGCCAAUGAACGCGUAGUUCUCGAACGAGUCGACGAGUUUGUAAAGAAAAAUAAUGUACAGUGCGACUUCAAUCUAACUACAACGUUCGAUGUGUGUCUCUCGAAGGAGUUUGCCGAGCUUGAAGCCGCUAGCUUUGAGGCGUAUAAGAAUGCCGGAGGUGAUGUAUCUCACGUUCGAUUCUACAGUGGCGACGAAGCAAAGGAGAAGACAGGAAUAUCACAGGCUUUUGCAGCUUACGAAUGGCCGGCAGGGUCAAGUCAUCCAGCGAAGCUGGCACAGUGGCUUCUCUCGGAGAUCGUCGCUCAAGGCGUCGGCCUUUUCACACAUUGCCCCGCCUUAUCGGUUGAGAACGUGGCUCAGCCUGAUGAUGUUGUCUCCAGCUCGAAUUUGUGGAAAGUGUCAACUCCACGAGGCAGCGUGACCGCUCCUCGGGUUAUUCAUUGCACUAACGCUCAUCUUGGCUUCCUGCUACCCCGUCUGGCGAAGCAUGUCCUCCCGAAUCGUGCGCAGGCCCAUGCUUUGACACCUUCGCCAGCGUUCUCGGCGGAGAAGGCGUUGACCAAUACUUUUUCACUUCGCUAUGGAUUGACUCAUUUCUACUCCCUCAUCCAGAGAAAAGGCGACGGGACGAUGAUUCUGGGAUCGUCUCGAUCCAAUCCCGCUUUGGGCGAUGAACCAACACGCCCUAAUGUGGACGAUAGCUUUUAUAGCGAAAAAGUAAUGAAUGAUGCCCUGCGUCAAUUCCAUGAAGUCUUUCCGGAAUACAGCCAGGAUGGCAAUGUUCAUGGUGAAGGGUUUCAACAUGCGUGGACUGGUAUCGUGGCUAUGACGCCAGACCAUGUACCGUUUGUGGGCGAAGUUCCCUCGCUGCCGGGCCAAUACAUCUGUGCGGGCUUCAACGCUCAUGGCAUGGCUCGUAUAUUUACAUGUGCACCCGGUGUUGUAAAGCUUAUUUUGGGAGGAAAAUGGGAAGAGACUGGUCUCCCCGAGUGUUUCCAACUUACAACAGAACGGCUGAAAAAGUUCUCAGACUCUUAGUUAGAGCAUAUAUAUCGAUUAAUAUUUAC